UCUAUACACGGCAGCAAUUUAAAACCGGGGAAACCAAAUGAGAAAAGUCAACCUUCGGCCAUUAGUUUUGCAUGGGCUCCGAUAUUAAGGCAGCGAAUAAGAGAUAAUCAGCGCAAAGACUGACCUUGAAAGAAGGAUUAGCGGUGUUGUGUCUUCAGUUCUCAACUCCCACGCGCCCGGCAAGAGGUGGAGAGAGGUCUCCACCCCGAGCCGGAAGCGAGGGAACGCUAACGAGGGAACGCCGGAAGCGAGUCACCCCGCACCAGGAAGCGAGGGAACGCUAACGAGGGAAACACACACCAUAGAGCGGCGGAAUAGACUCCACUCCUUGGAAGGCUGUCUGAUAGCGCGCCUCGUAGAGGUAAAUUAACAAAAUAAGCUGCCAAUUAGGUGAACAGUAAACACCACUAGGAGCCCUCAACUGGGACGUCGGGGCGACUGGGCGGUGCUUUAUGUUAACGUCCAACCACUAAAAGCAGAGACCACAAACAACAUAAAACCCAGACACCAACAGAAUCAAGAAGGGGACAGUUAGACAAGACCUCAAAGAGAAGAGACACGGAAGGCAUAGUCCCCGGAUACAUCUGGUGGACCAAGAAGCAUCCAACUGAAAAAUACAAAUCAAACAGAACCCGUACUCAAUAUCCAAUAUAAAUCAAACGGAGACCAGAAUGGCAACAUUCCGUGGAAAAUGGGACAAAGAUACAAAAGAAGCUAAGUCAACACCAAGGAGGAACUCCUUACCAGAGGAUGUCAACUGGAAAGAUCUCCUUCGGGAAAUCCAAUCCAUAUCAAACAAACAAGACUUGCUUCAAAAGGAAAUACACGAAAUAGCUCGGAAACAAGACACGCAACACAAGAUAUUACAAGAGGACAUGGCUGAUCUCAAAAAAGAAAUUAAACAAGAAGUGAACAUGAUAAAAACGGAAGUUGUAAAAAACAUCCAAGAAAUCUCGGGACUAAAACUCCAGAACGACAAAAUGGAGAAAAUACAACUAAAAAUGCAAAGGAAAUUAGAGACACUAGAAGCUAAGAACAGCAGGAUAGAGAAGAUACAGGAUAAAUUAGAACAAAACACUACAGAUUUCCAACUAAGACUCAGGAACAUACAAGAAGAGCCAAAAGAAAAUAUUAAACAAAUUUCAGCUCAGAUAAUAGCCAAAAUUUUAAAUUGUACAGAACAGGACGCAUCUGAACAAAUAGAUACAGCCCACAGGAUAUACACAAAUUAUGCAAAAAAAAACAAAGUAGCUAGAGAUACGAUUGUCCAUUUUGUAAAAAAAAGCACAAGAGAAGAGGUCUUCCGAGGCUCCAAACGUCAACCAACGAUAUACAAAGAGAGUAAAAUCAUGGUGUACAAAGAAUUCCCGCAAUCCACAUUAAACAGCAGAAGGAAAUAUCUGUUCCUAACAGAUGAACUGAAACGGCUUCAAAUUAAAUUUAGAUGGGAAAGACAAGAAGGAUUGAUGCUAACAUAUAAAGAGGAGAGAGUCUGGAUAAAAAGCGAGGAGAAAGCUGACGAAUUCUACAGGAAAUUAAAAAAGGAUAUACUACAACAAACCAAGCAGCAACCACCGAGCCUGGAAAAGAACCCAAGGCAGGCAAAGAAAAGAAGACAAGACUCUCCCAAAGAGAUACAGAUAGCCCUAUUCAAUGAAGAUACUGAAGAUAAUCCAGAGGAAGAUGUGGAGGAGGAAGAAGAAGGCGCACUAGAAUAGUCCUAGCCAGAAACUGGAAAGAAGGGAAAAACCUCAGCAAAGAAGAAUGGAUGGAAAAACUAUUGGAUAUCAGAAACAUGGACAGACUGACCUUUCUUCUCAAAAAAUCUACGGGACAACCAAUGAAGGAAACAAACUGGACAUUACUAGACAACUACCUACAUGAGACUACGACCUGAUGUGAAACAUGGACUGGAAGUUAGUCGAUUGGAAGUCUCCCUCUAACCCCCCCCCCCUCCACCCCUACCUCUCUCUACCUCUCCCUCCCCCCAGCUGAGCCCUCCCCUCUUCUUUUCUUCCACCCCCACCCUUACUCCAGCCCCCCUUCCUAUCCUUCCCCAAACCCUCCUAUUAUGGACACUUCGUUUUUUCCCCACCCCC